AUGCCUAUGCUCCCUCCUGGUCGUCUCGAGUGGGCGUUUAUCGACUCGAGUAUGCCGUCCGUCACGGUUCAAUCGGAACCUGCGUACAGAGUGUGCAUCGCAUGGCGCGUUCUCUCUGGUCGGAAUACCUUUCAUCAUCCAUUUGGCGCACAAGACGAGCUCAAGGUCUUGCUCCACCACUUUCCACUCGAACCGCGUCGACACCAAUGGACGAGAGAUACAGAGAUUGGACCGCUAGCGCAGGCUAGCAUUGAGCCGAUGAGUCCACCGUGCGAUGAGCAGUUUGUGUGGUCGCCCAACGGCACAUCGUGGCAACAGCGCCGCGAAGAUACAAAGACACGCGCGGCGGCGUUGGAGCAGUGGAUGCAGGGUCUCAUGCGACUCAAGCAGACACCCAUGGCGGGUGUGCUGGAGAGUGAUUUAUUGCGUCAGUGGAUGACGCCAAAGCGAGAUGGCGAUUACCAGACUUGGUCGGAGAUUAUCAAAUUCCCGCCUGUUCCUCCGUCAAUGUUCGAUACCCCAAGGUCAAAGGCAGUCGAAGUGACUAUCAACGACAAGUCCAUCUUUGCACCUGGUGGAGGGGCUCCACAGGUUGGAUUCCGCCGCUCAGAGCUGAUCCCGGCAACAAACAAUGGCUCGGACGCCACAGUCCAAGGCACGACCACUUUCCACUGGUCCAUUCGGAAUGACCCUGCUCGACCUCUCAAUUACAGUCACGAAUACCAUGCGGCAUGGCAUGAGACGGCAGAUUAUUCAACCUCUCAGUUUACCUUCCUGACUGGAAAACCGUUUGACUCGUCAUUUGAUCCAAACGUGACCAAUGCACGAACUCUGCGCGUUGCUGGUCGUCAAUCCAACCGACCGGAGAUUACCUUCUUCCAGACACCGUUCACCUUUGAUAUUUGGCACAACUUUGCCUUGACGAUUGGAUGGGAAAGCAAUCAAUUCACUGUGUACUAUUCCAAAGGUCACCAGCCCCUUAAAAAGGUCGCAGGUCCGUCCUACAAUGAUAACUCGGGUGGCGGACAAUUCCACGUGGGUAUGCUCAAACUUCCCACUGGUCCACUGGGGAUCGACGUGCUGCACGAAGGCUACCAACAAAAGCAUCUCAAUGAAGGCCUUAUCUUUGGUGGAGUAUUCAUCGAGCAAAGUGCAAAGGGCUGCGUCACUUUGCAUCCUAGGCCAAUCUGA